CGCAUUUUCCCCAGGAGGCCAGUUGAGUUCGGAUCAGGGAUAGGGAUCUGGGCAGCGAAUAUGAAGUUCCUCCUGAAGAAAUGCCUGCGCAAGAAGGCGCCCGAGAUGAAGCCCGGCGCCAUCCUGGAUGCCGUCAUCUCGCAAUCCUCGGCCACCGCGUGCAAGUGCCUGCUGUACAAACUGGCGGAUUACAAAAGAGGUGGUGACCUCAUCGACGCCAUUAACUCGGGCGGACUGAUUGCCGUGGAGCAGCUGAUACGGGAGCAGUUUGGCGUCUUCAUGUACAACGAUGGCAAGGGCCAGGUGAUAAACCGUGCGGAGUUUCUGCGCUGGAAGUACCGCGACCACACCGAGGUGACCAUACCCAUUGAGGCGUCCCUAUCCAUCCACGAUCCGCUGGGCAAAUGGGAGGACCACAAGGCUUGCUGGCAGAUGCAGUACCGCGGCGCCCUGGGCGAGAGUCUGCUCCAUGUGCUCAUCAUCUGCGAUUCCAAGGUGCACACCAAGUUGGCGCGCGUGCUGCUCCGUGUGUUCCCCAAUCUGGCGCUGGAUGUGAUGGAGGGCGAGGAGUAUCUGGGUGCCAGUGCCCUGCACCUGUCGAUUGCCUACAGCAACAAUGAGCUGGUGGCGGAUCUGAUCGAGGCCGGAGCUGAUAUCAAUCAGCGAGCGAUUGGUAGCUUCUUUUUGCCACGUGACCAGCAGCGGGCGAAUCCGGCCAAGAGCACGGACUACGAGGGACUGGCCUACAUGGGUGAAUAUCCGCUGGCCUGGGCCGCCUGCUGUGCCAACGAGAGUGUAUACAACCUGCUGGUGGAUUGCGGAUCCGAUCCGGAUGCCCAGGACUCCUUCGGCAACAUGAUCCUGCACAUGGUGGUCGUGUGCGACAAACUGGACAUGUUCGGCUAUGCCCUGCGACAUCCCAAGACGCCGGCCAAGAAUGGCAUCGUCAACCAGACGGGACUGACUCCACUCACCCUGGCCUGCAAGCUGGGACGAGCGGAGGUCUUUCGUGAAAUGUUGGAGCUGUCCGCCCGCGAGUUUUGGCGCUACAGUAACAUCACCUGUUCCGGCUACCCACUGAAUGCACUGGACACACUCCUGCCGGACGGAAGGACUAAUUGGAAUUCCGCCUUGUUCAUCAUCCUGAACGGCACCAAGCCGGAGCAUCUGGACAUGUUGGACGGCGGCAUCAUCCAGCGCCUGCUGGAGGAGAAGUGGAAGACCUUUGCGCAGAACCAGUUUCUGAAGCGUCUGCUCAUCCUGUCCACCCAUCUGCUGUGCCUGUCCGUAUCGGUAUACUUGCGUCCAGCGCACGAUGGCGAAGCCGAGGGCGAGGAUUCCGAGGGAUCGGAUGCCUCGGCAGACGCUCUGCUGGACAUGCAGUCGGAUGAGGGCGACAGUGGUGGUGGUGACUAUAAUGCCCAGACGGUGGCCCGUUACUGCGCCGAGUUUGCCACCCUGGUGGGAGUUUUAAGCUAUGUGAUCUUCCAGCAAGGCGACGAGAUAAAGAACCAGGGAUUGUCCGCCUUUCUCAAGCAGCUGUCCCAUGCGCCGGCUAAGGCCAUCUUCCUGUUCUCCAACUUGCUGAUCCUGGCGUGCAUUCCAUUCCGUUUGAUUGGCGACACCGACACCGAGGAGGCCAUCCUGAUUUUCGCUGUGCCGGGCUCCUGGUUUCUCUUAAUGUUCUUUGCAGGUGCCAUUCGGCUGACGGGUCCGUUUGUGACCAUGAUCUACUCCAUGAUCACGGGCGACAUGUUCACCUUCGGCAUCAUCUACUGCAUCGUCCUGUGCGGAUUCUCACAGGCCUUCUACUUCCUCUACAAGGGACAUCCCCAGGUGCAGUCCACCAUGUUCAAUACCUACACCAGCACUUGGAUGGCCCUGUUCCAAACCACACUGGGUGAUUAUAACUAUCCCGAUCUCAACCAGACCACAUAUCCUAAUCUCUCCAAGACCGUGUUCGUCAUCUUUAUGAUCUUCGUGCCCAUCCUGUUGCUCAACAUGUUGAUUGCCAUGAUGGGCAACACCUAUGUGACUGUGAUCGAGCAAUCGGAGAAGGAGUGGAUGAAGCAGUGGGCCAAGAUUGUCGUCACGCUGGAGCGCGCUGUGCCGCAGGCGGAUGCCAAGGGCUACCUGGAGGCCUACUCCAUACCGCUGGGUCCGUCCGAUGACUCGGGCUUCGAAGUGCGCGGCGUGAUGGUCAUCAAGAGCAAGAGCAAGACGAGGGCCAAGCAGCGGAAGGGAGCCGUCUCCAACUGGAAGCGAGUGGGUCGUGUGACGCUAACGGCGCUCAAGAAACGCGGAAUGACCGGCGAGGAGAUGCGUCGCCUUAUGUGGGGCCGUGCCUCCAUCUCCAGUCCCGUGAAAGUGACCAAGCAGAAGCUCAAGGAUCCCUACAAUCUGCACACGGACUCGGACUUCACCAACGCCAUGGACAUGCUGACCUUCGCUAGCAAUCCGGCUUCCUCCAAUGGCGUCACCCUGCGAUCGGUAACAGCUCCUCCGCCCGCACCGCCAGCACCGGAUCCCUUUAGGGAGCUGAUCAUGAUGUCGGACCAGCGACCGGAGACUCAUGAUCCCCACUACUUUGCCGGCCUGCAGCAGCUGGCCAAUAAGGCCUUCGAUUUGGUGGAGCAAACGAUGAAGACACAGCCGCAGGCGCCGGUGGCCAAGAAGGUGGAUCCACUGCCCGUAGCUUCGGUGGCCACAGCAUCUCCAGCCGCUCAUGCAACACAUGCUACUGCUACUGCUGCUGCUGCUGCUCCCGACCUAAUAGCCAUGCCACUGCCCAUUUCGAACUUCAGCAACCUUUUCCAAGACCCCAAGGACAUUGUCGAUCCCAAAAAGCUGGAGGAGUUUAUGGCCAUGCUGGCCGAGGUGGAAACCGAGGAGAGCGACAGCGGCGGACCCAUUCUCGGCAAGCUAUCGCUGGCCAAACGGACACACAAUGCCCUAUCCAAGGCGGACAUUCGACGGGAUCAGCAGGGAUUCGAGGGUCACAGCCAUGGACAGUUUCAGCCCAUGUCCUCGGUGUGGGCACCACCUGGCCUGGAUGUGGACACGCAGGGCUUCCACUUCGAUGAAGCCGUCGCGGAGGAGGUGCUGACCAUCGAACAGGAAGCCGAAGUGGAAACCGAAGACGGCAAUGGUGGACAGGACAGCGAGGAUAUACCCACGGCGGAGGAGGUGCACGCCACCAUGAAGCAGUUUCACCUGCGAAAGUGCCAGCCAGCACAGGAUGAGGCCGCUCGUCGCGCCAAAAGUGCUCGUGUUCGUCGCCGAAACAAAGUUUCGCCGGAGCAAAGCGAUGAUCCGGACGAGCGCAGCCAGCGGGGACGUUCCGCUUACACGCGGAGAACGCAAUCGCCGCCCGAUCCGCUGGAACCGUGGAGCACCCGCGAACUGCAGGACAUCAACAAGAUCCUGGCCAAAAAGUGAAUACAAUGGACGCACGAGUUUCUGGCACAUAGUCCUUGGUGGCUUAUAAUUGUUUAUCAGAGCUUAGCUUAGUUAGAAGUACAAAUACAUAAUAAAGGGCGCGGAUGCCACGCGAAACGCUGGGUUAUGCUUUGGACCGGUGGCAUCCGUCACCCGUCACAUACAUACACUAAUACACUCGAUUUCCCAUUAUUCUCUCUAA